UAGAAUCAAUUCUGUGUAUUGGUUCCAAUGCAGAAGAGCAGCAAGCACUAGGUAAUAGGGGUUAAGUGAUUUGCUCAGGGUCACCCAACUAGGAAAUUUCUGCAGUCACAUUUGAACCCAGAACUUCUUGCCUCUAGGCUCUUGGUCCCCUGAGUCACCUAGCUGUCUCCCCCUCACCCAAUUUAGUCUUUCUGUCUAUCCUCUCCAUCAUAUAUGGGCCAGUCUGAACCAUGGUAUGCCAGUUCCUUUCCCUAUAUAUGACUUUUAUAAAAACCCUAGAAAGAGUGCUGGAAGGAAGUCACUUCCAGAUCAAUCCACUUGUUCCUCACCAACUCAGGAUGGUAGGAGCAUCUUCAUAGAGUCUGCUAUGUACAUGGUACCAAAUACCACCUACCUACCUGCACCCUCUUCUUUUUGUACUCUGCUUGAGGAAAAUCUAGCCAUGAUUCAUGGCAUUUAUUAGCUAGCUGAGGGUCAAGAUAUCUGUAGAGAUGGCUACAACGCCAAACAUUACACGACAUGUGAAUUAUAGAGCUACAAAACACCAUGCCAUGUAAGGGUGGGAGGGGGAAGGUCAUUUCUGGUUGAAGGAAAUCGGAGAAGACAAUGAACAAGGGGGUCAAUUAUGUCACAAGAAUAGGUAGGACUUCAACCAGCAAAGAAGGGGUUUUAAGCCUAAGAACAGGGUGAGCAGAGCCUUGAAGUUGUAAGAACUCCACCUAUUGGGUAAGAAGGAGAAACCUGUAGAGGGAAGUUAUUGUGUUCAUUUCAAAGUGGACCAAUGGCAUCCGAGAGAAAUGCCUUUCUUGACUUGAUUGCCCGUCCAUUGGAUUUAAGGGAGGCAGAGUGGCACACGAUCAUCAGCCUCACUCUCUUCCAGAGUUAUCCAAGUCCAGCAGCAAGACAAAAGCCAGGAUGGCCCAGGAUGUCCAUCUUUGAUGUCCAACCAAACUCUAAGUACUCUGUGAAAUUUAGAUUACUCCACCCUACUUAGAUCUUACUUUAUGGAGAAGAUAAAAUUGUAAUCUCCUGAUUGAACAAUGAAGUUCUUCCUCUGGAGUAAAAUGGACUCUUAAUUCUGCCUUCUCCUGACCAUCUCAAUUCUGUUGCUGCCUGGAUGUCAGCAUAAUAGAAUGUCAAACUAAAUAAGGAUGGGGCAGAUACUUCAUGCAUAAUACACCAAGAAGCGCGUUGCUUGAUUCUCCAAAAUGUAUUCUGCUAACCCAGCCGAUUGGGUCACAUUUGAAGAUGAGCCACUUUCUCAGUCCUCUCAAAAAUCAAAGAAUUUUCCACCGGAGAAUCACAGCAUCUGUAAACCAAAUGGACUUAAGCUGAAUCUCCCCGGCCUCAAGGAAUCCUAUGCUUCUUCCUCUACAAGUGGGACCCCUCUUUCUUCUCCCAUCGUAGACUUGUACCUAAGCCCAGGCCCCCCGAGUAACUCUCCCCUUUCCACACCUACCAAAGACUACCCAGGCUUUCCUUAUAUUCCCAAAGCAGAGGGGAUUCACGCACUUUAUCCUAUUCCUGAAUGGCCAUCCAACAGCCCACUCCCAAGCCCAGGGCCAGAUUCUUCAUUGCUCCCUUCUAAACCCAGCUCUCCUGCCCAAUCCUCUGCACCCAGUGAUCCUUUGUGUAAGCUUCCCGAUGCCAAAGCUGGGCAUCUGAAUGAAAGGAACCCUCACCCUCACCCUCACCAGCCUGAAAUCUCGGGCCGUCAACGGGACUUUCCGCAGUUCCAGUAUUUUCAGGAAGACUGUGCUUUUUCAAGUCCAUUUUGGAAAGAAGAGUCUUCACCUAGCACCAGGUCUAGCAGAAGGAUGGCUCCUCCUGAACAGAAAAGUCUCAAUCAAUGUUCAUUCAACUAUGUCUGUGAAAGACUGGAACACCUGCAAGCUGCGGCUGAUGCUACAGACUCAAUCGGAAGCCUGUCCAUGCAGUGUCUGUACACUGGAGACAGCAGCCCUUCCUUCGUCCCCCAGACGUUAUUCAGAAGUCAGCAGAAAGUGGGCUGGUCCUUCAUGCUUAGAAUCCCGGAGAAGAAAAACAUGAUGUCUUCUAGGCAGUGGGGUCCAAUUUUCCUGAAAGUGCUGCCGGGGGGCAUUUUGCAAAUGUACUAUGAGAAAGGGCUAGAGAAACCCUUUAAAGAGCUUCAGCUGGACCCUUACUGCAGACUCUCUGAACCCAAAGUAGAGAACUUUAGCAUGGCAGGAAAAAUCCACACUGUGAAGAUUGAGCAUGUGACUUACACAGAGAAAAGGAAGUAUCAUUCUAAGACGGAAGUGAUCCACGAGCCGGAAGUGGAGCAGAUGUUAAAGUUGGGGACCACAGACUACCAGGAUUUCCUUGAGUUUUUUACUGUUAUCGAUGAGGAACUGAUGAAACUCCCUCCUCUCUCCAAACAAAAAAGAAAUUAUGAAGAACAAGAAAUUUCCCUGGAAAUCGUGGACAACUUCUGGGGAAAGGUCACAAAAGAAGGAAGGCUAGUUGAAAGUGCUGUCAUUACCCAUAUCUACUGCCUCUGCUUUGUAAACGCAAACACAGAAUGCUUUUUGGCUUUAAAUGACCUUGAGCUACAGAAGAAAGAUGAGCGCUAUUUUGAGCGAGAUUCUGAAAAGAAAGGCAUUGAAAUUCUCGAGUAUCAUUUUCACAAGUGUGUGAAAGCACCAGAGUUUGAGCAGUCGAGGAUCAUUAAGUUUUCACCAUUAGAUGCUUGUCGAUUUGAGCUGAUGCGUUUUAAGACAUCGUAUGAUGGGGAGGACCUUCCAUUUUUGGUGAAGUCUGCUGUGGUUGUCCAGGGUGCGUAUGUUGAGCUCCAGGCUUUUGUCAACAUGACCUCAUCUGCUCUGGCCCCAACGCUUUCUAGUCCUUUGAGAUUCUGUGAUCAUAUAAUGAUACAUUUCCCAGUCCCAGCCCAGUGGAUCAAAGCACUUUGGACCAUGAACCUCCAGAGGCAGAAGUCCCUGAAGGCCAAAAUGAACCGUCGGGCUUGCCUUGGUUCUUUACAUGAACCAGAAUCGGAACCCGUCAUCCAGGUCACAGUGGGAACGGCAAAAUACGAGAGCGCCUACCGGGCGAUCGUGUGGAAGAUAGAUCGGUUGCCAGAUAAAAACUCAAGUCCUGAUCAUCCCCAUAGUUUGUCAUACAAACUUGAACUUGGAUCAGACCAAGAAAUACCUUCUGAUUGGUACCCAUUUGCUACGGUUCAGUUUGUCAUGCUUCACAGUUAUGCUUCAAAGACAGAAAUGAAGUCUAUGGGCAUCGAGAGUGAUGUCCAGCCCCAGAAACACGUUGUUCAGAAAGCUUGCUAUAACUGCCAGGUUGAAAUAGAAAAAAAAUGGAUUAAAAUUGACGGAGAAGACCCAGAUAAAGCUGGAAACUGCAUAACCCAGUAGAGGAAAUAAGACUUGACAAUGGAUAAGAGUGACCCAUUCUUCAGAUAAUGCAAUUCAGAGAGAAUAACAAUAAUAGCAAGUUCCAAAUGACUUAACUGUUGGAUUGGAAUUGAUAAUGAACCUCUGAUUUCAUUGAUAAAAAGAACUCCCAGAUGAGAGAAUUUUCUCAGUUAAUGCAAGUCUCCAACUACAAUUACAUAGUGGGGGAAAAAGUUCCACUGUGAACACUGAUGUGAUUCGCAGCAUGGGAAAGAGGAAGAAGUGCCAUAUUUUGUGUUUGGAGAAGCAAAACAUCUGAAAUCCAUCAUAGUCGAGAGAGCCAUCUUCAAGAGAGCCAAGCUCUCAGUGUUUUGAUCUAAAACUAUUCCCCUUUGUGCAAGGCUUUUGCUUCUCCUUGAAACUUAAUAGUGUUGCUCAAGGUAAUUGAUGUGACUUAGACAGCAAAUGACCUGAAAUAGCUGUUCCUUGAAGGUAUUCAGUAUCUGACAGCUUUAGGAGGAUCUGAAACAUUUGCUUCUCCUUUGGCCCCACUAUCGACCUUAUUUUCCUAUUGCCACCUUUAUUAGGGAAUAGGGCGAUGAACUCUAAACCAAUCAAUUUAGCUUCUUGCUAACAGCAUUGGAAAAGGGUUUUGAGUGAGAGAACAUUGAAACCAAAAUGGAAGUUUGGGGUAGAUAUUUGGCAAGAGCACUUUGACCAGCUUCAUUACCUGCUAGUCUUAUGAUGGUUGGCCAGUCCCUUCAAUCCCUUUGGGUUUCAGUUUUAAUUUCUAUAAAUUGAGGAUCAUAAUAUCUGGACUUUCUACCACACUGGAGAGGAUUCGUCAUCUAAUCCAACACUCCCAUUUUACAGAUAAAAAACUAAAGCCCAGAGACAUUACAUGACAUCACACAGGUCACACAGGUAAUAAGGAGUAGAGCUGGUAUUUGAACUCAGGUCCUCUGACUCCAUAUCUGCUGUAGUUCACUAUUUGGAAAGGACUCUAACAAAGUAUGGCAGGAUUAUGGAUUUAAAUGACCUAUGUCUUCCCUGGCUUGGUCUUAAGCAGAAUGGAGAACUGAGAAUUGACUAUAUUUAGAAAAUGUUUUUCUGCAAUUUCUAAUUAUCGUAUCUUUUAGUAUUUACCCCACUUCAGGACUUGUAUGGCUUCUGAUAUGUGCUGCAAAUGUUUAUGAAAUACCUAAGAAGUCAUUCAUGUGGAUAAAUAUUUUAUUUUGGUAACUCAGAAAGAUAAAUGAACUUUUUUUGAAAGACUAUUUUUUUCCAAAAUGGAAUCAUAAUAUUAUAUUCAUUUUACUUUGGGGCUUUGAUAACCCUGAAAUCUUUCUUUGGACAGUAGUUAAAAUAUGCAGGAGAUUUUAAAUUAUCAUUUAAAAAUAUACAUGACUCUUCUUCUUUUAAAUUUGAAAUACUAAGAAUAUGGAAAAAGGAUCAGCCUAAAUUAUUUUUUCAAAACCCUGAGAUAAGCCUCAAGUGAAGAAUAAUCCAAAUCACAUGACCAAAAGAACGUAAUAUUUUUCUUCCCUGGGGACGCUAACCAUAAGGGAAGUCAAUGUGAAAUUAUGAGAUUAUUCUGAACUGGAUACAUAAGGUAUUGCGUGUCAAUGAUUCUAAAAUGAUCCUAAAAAUACUAGGUAAAUGAUUAUAAUCUUUGGGUAGCUAAUGAAACCCCCACAGUACUGGCAGAUUUUAUUCUGCUUCUAAUUUUAUACUCUCCCCUUGUCCCCACCACUACAUCAAAGGAAGUCUCUCAGAGAGAUUACCCUUCACUUAGUGUUCAGUCUUAACUAUUAUUAAAAGCUAUUUGUCAUUAUCUACUAAAGUCACCUACUGAAGCAAUAAGCAGUCUAACAUUUUUCCAGACAACAUUUAUCUGUUUGACUUAAAGUUACUUCUGUAGAUUUUAUUUAAUAUUGUAUAGCAUUCAUUUUAAUCUAUUUGCUCAAUAAACCAUUUUCCCCCUUUUAAAAAAUUAAUUUUCCCCCCUUUUUCAUUUCUUGCUGAGCUGCAGAAGUAAGCAGCUUUUAUUGCUACUCUCUUAUAUCAUAUAGAUAAAGAAAUAUAAAAUAGUUGAAUGAUGAACUACAUUUGUAUUAGUAUUUUUAAAACCGUACUUGAUUUGAUACUUAUUUGUGAUUCUGUGACCUUACCUGUGUGGCUACUUCCCUCCAUACGUGAAGAUCAAAAUCUAUUCAUUCCCUCCCAUGCCCUGUGGUUUUUCUAUGCCUUCUAUAGACUUCCUUUAUAGUCACUGCCCAACAGGCCAGAGGCUUUUCUCCGACUCAUUGGAUUCAAACAUCUAAUGCUUAAAAUUCAUCUUGGAUAAAAUGGAGGGUGAGCCGUUAUGUGUUUACAGCUUCCCUUUUACUCAUCUUCCCUUCUUCCAUUUUCUUCCUGGUCUUUCCUCCAUCCAUUUCCUUUUCAUCUGGUGUGUCCUGGAGGAAGCAGUACCAAGGUAGGCUAGGUCCUCUGAAUCUGUAAGAUAAUUCUAAGGAAUAUCGCUGAAAUAAUGACUGCCAUUUUUUAAGGGCCUGUUUUAUGCCCACAAAGAACUCAGAUCUUGAUUCAAAUGAAUUGAAUGAAUAUUUAAACUUGGAAAUAAAUUCAGCUAAUGACUCAAUUAAUUGCCCCUCCCAGCUCCACCAGUUGGCCAUUAUCUUUGGGUAUCCCACUGUCAGAGUUCUUUUCUCACAAUAACAGCCUGCUUCUUUGGAGAAUCUUGAGAUUCAGUGUAUGGAAUAUAACAAAAAGUGAAGCAAAAAAACAGUCGGAGAGCCUGUGGGAAGGCAAAGGUUGAUGGCAUUAACAGCGGUAUGCCAGGGCAUAAUUGUUAAUUUACACAUUUGCGAGGAUCCUUAAAUAUUCAUUACUGAGUGUUAAAUUAACAUUCAGUGAUCGAGAAUGGGCUUCUUAAUAAAAUUCUUCUGACCUUCGAAAUGGCAGGAGGUCAGAUGUGACAAAGGAACUCAAGCAAGAUGCCAGGAAGAGUCAAUUAGAUUUACAAAUUAGAAGUAAAAUGGUAUCUCCUGGGGACUAGCAGGUAAGAGGUAAUUUGCAAAGAAACCUGAUUGAGGGGAGGGGUGUUAGUGGCAGACUUUGAAGGGUGCUUCUCUAUCAGGUGUGAUCUAGAUAAGAGCCCCCCAAGAUCUGGCAAUUGCACUACCUACUAGACUAUUUUUAGCCUUAAAAUCAAAAGGCUAGGUGGCCCAGUGGAUUGAGAGCCUAGAUGUAGGGAGUUCUGGGUUCAAAUAUGACCCUGGACAAGUCACUUAACUCCCACUGCCUUUUAAGCCCCAGUGCUUUCUAAGAUGGAAGAGAAAGGGUUUUUAAAAGUGUAUUCAGUUAUUCAGAUGUCCAAAUGACGGUUUUGAACCGUUGACUAGAUGGCAAAGUGUAUUCAUACAAAUGGUUCUUUGAACUGCUGUCCUAGCAUGUUGAGAUGCUGGGCAGCAUUUCCUUGGAGCCAUCUAGAAAAGAGAGGCAUGGGUUACCCAUGUGCAAGGUAUAUGCCCUGCAGGGAAUUCUGCCUUGGAGGGGGGUAGUCAUCCUAUUUGGGGUAUAGGAUACAGUUUCUAGUAAGAGGAAGCUGUGGGUGAUUUCGAAACUGUGUGUGAGCAGUUUCAUCCCCAGCGGGAUCCUUGGGGAUAUUGGGCAAUACUGUGUCUUAAUCUUUGUGAGUGAAAAUUCUUGUUUUCUUGGGGUUCAGUCAGUGUCAUCAGAUUAGAUUGGGUGUUUGUCAUUCCCUUGAGAGACUGGGCUCUGGGAGAUCAAUCUUAUCCAGUGGGGAAAUACCAGUGAUGAGAGAAAAAAAGACAGAUAGAAAGGUAAAGAGAUGAGAGGAACAGCAGACAGACAGACAGACAGACACAACAGAGACAAAGGCAGAGAGAGAGAGAGUUCUCUGGUGUGGUAACUCUCCUUUGGACAGCUAGAAAAGAUGAGAAAAUCAGAUUGACUCCAGGAGUGAACAUAUUGCUUGGUGAUGAUGAGCCUGAAAAUAGUCAAACUGAUUAAUUGUAAUAUCUGGAUUUAGUUUAGUGACUUGAGAAUUUUCCCUCUUUGUGUAGGAAUGAAAACUCUUCAUCCCUGAAAAAAGAAAUGUAGCACCAGUGGUUUUCAUCUUGCUUUCUUUUACAGCUCAUGUUGAUCUAAUAAAAAUGUUCAAUCAUUCUCCCCUUCUCUGUUCUUACUGAAUUAAUUUUUUCCCCCGGAGGGCUAGUAGUCUUAGUCUGUUUCUAUACAAUUUGGUUCAUUUGGAUAUGAGCUGGAAAAAUCUAAUUCUCGGAUACAUGGCUAGACCUAGUCUUGUGAGCUCUCUAUUUCCUAGGAUGGCUCUGUGGCUGAGUUCAGAAUGUUUGCUGAUAUAAAGGUAGCCUCAUGAUUUGGAUAAGAUACAACUCUUCCAAGUGGUGAACACCUUGGCUGGAGAAUUCUUCUUAAGGAAGCAAUACAAAUUGGCAUCAAUUAAUUAGAAUGAACAAAUAGAACAAAAAGAGACUCUGUAAAGGAAAGAUGGCUUGGGGUCCUGGGGAGAGUGGAGUUGAAGCCCAUUGAGAUCAUAAAACUCAGAGCUGGAAGCUUAAGAAGAUGAGGUCCCCCAGCCCUCUCCUUUUACAGAUGAGGAACCUGAGGUGGGGGGGGGGGGAAGUCACCGGUUUGAGGUAACAAUUCAUAAGUGCUAACUUGCUGAUAUUUAGCAGAUGCUUCAUGGGGAACCAUGUGCACAUUAAUGUGCAUGGAAAAGUCAAAUCACAGUUUAGUUCCCAACCGCCUCCUUACGCCGUUCCCAUAGAUUAUAUUACUGAACACUCAUUCCAGUGACGGCUGGUAUUUGCCCCAGACUGAUUGCUCCAGAUGUCUCAGCUCAGUUUAGACGAGUUGACCAAUUAUUCAAACAGGGUCAAUUUUGUUUUGCAAAAUAUUUGUUUUGCAAAAGUUUUCUUUUCUGGUCAACAGCUGUAAUCAGCCUGUUCCCAAAGUUAAAACUGUUGAGUUGCUAUUUGACAAUUUAUGCAUAACAGUGAUUAAAGAAUGUGCUUUGCUCAGAAUAUCAUUUUAUGCAACCCUUCUGGGGCUCCUCAAACUUUCACUCAAAAGCCUAUUCCCCAAAAGAUGGGGUCCUCUCCUCUUGGAGUUCUAGGGCAAACUCUGAAGAGCUGGGGUUUCUAUAAUGGCCACUGAAGAACCCUUACUGGUAUGCUUUGCCAUUAACUAUCAGCCAGUUGCCUCAAUUAGUUUUAGCAAAGGUAUUUAUUAAGGUAAUGUGUAUUGGCUCCAAGGCAGAAGAGUGGUCACUGGGCAAGUCACUUAACUUUGUCUCAGUUUCCUCAACUGUAAAAUGAGUGGGAGAAGGACACAGUUCCUUCCUUCAUAGGACCCUCGUGGAGUUUUCUUUAGGUAGAACUCUCUACUGCAAGGAAGGAAGAAAACAUGCAUUUAUUAAAUGCCUCCUGUGUGCCUUACAAAUAAUAUCUCAUUCGAGAUAAAACAAUCCUAGGUAGUAAGUGCUAUUAUGAUGCCUCUUUUAUAGUUGGGAUUGAGGUUAAGUGACUUGUCAGGGGGAAGCAUCUGAGGCAGAAUUUGAACUCGGAUCUUCCUGACUCCAGGACUACCAUUUUAUUCACCGUACCAUCUCACUGCUUGUAGGGCUCCCAAGGACCUGUGCCUCUCCUGGGCAGCUGGCACUUAUCUCUGCAUUAAGAGGUCUCCCUCUGAAGAGUUGCUAUUUUCAGGUAACUCUCCACAGCCACUAGCAGGCACUUCUUCCAUUCUUAGCCACUGUUGUCUCCUGGGCUAAUGGUACCACCUCCAGUCACCUGGGGAGCAUAGCGGGGUGCAGGUUCCUCUCAUGGGCUUGGCUGCAUCCCCUUCUCCAGACCAGCUGCUGGAAUGCACAAUUCUAAACUGUCUUGCUCUUUUGUCCAUAGACCUAGACAUGUAUCUGAUUCUUUUGACCAAUCAUUAGAUAUUUCCUAUGCAGCAGCAUCAUCUAUUUUUAUGCAAGGAUGAAAACAUUGUAUUCCUACUUUUGAUUAAUUGAGUUAAUUAGGCUGUUUGGGUCUUGUGUGAUUACAGUAAGUGGGGUUGGGGUGGAAAUAACUUUAUACUUAUAACAAAAUAUUUUAUAAAUUAUAUAUUGACUUAAAAAAAGAAUUAAAGAUGUAUUUCAAAUGAC